GUGUAUUCCUGUUUGCCUUUGAGUAGUUACAACCCGCGGAGUGCUGGAGUGCAGCGCUGUUGAGAUGAACCCUUUGAAGCCUCUGCCAGAAUAAAGAAAUGCCUCUUAGGGGUGAAGGUUUUUGUAGAGGAACUAGGUACUCUGAAAUCAACAGAGCCAGCAAAGCCUAGUUUCCUGUGUUCCCAUGUUCCUCUUCCUUUACAGAGUUGCCUGUGCAGUGACACCAGAUUCUCUCUUUCAGCCCCUAAUCUGAGAGUUCUUUCUAGAAACUCCCUUGAGCCAGAAAUAAAACGUUUUAUGACUAGUCUCGAGCGAUGUGUGUGUUAAUUGAGUAGUCUCUACCUGUGUGCUAACUGGUUGUCCACCUGUUCCCGAACAAGAUUUCCUUAUGUGGUGAAGUAGAUGUGUUUAUUUCAGCCUUAAAAGUGUUGAUGCCAGUGCUUGCUAUGGCAUCGGUGGCUUCACCAGUUGUAUUUAAGGAGUUUUGUCCCUUAUAUUAUCUUCUCAAUGCCAUUCCUACAAAGGUCCAAAAAGGCUUCCGAUCUAUAGUGGUGUACCUCACAGCACUUGAUACCAAUGGGGACUACAUUGCAGUGGGGAGCAGCAUUGGAAUGCUUUAUCUCUACUGCAGACAUUUAAACCAGAUGAAAAAAUAUAAUUUUGAGGGGAAGUGUGAAUCUAUUACUUUUGUAAAGCUACUGAGUUGUUUUGAUGAUCUUGUUGCUGUUGGUACAGCCUCAGGUCGAGUUGCAGUUUUUCAGCUUGUGUCUUCAUUGCCUGGAAGAAACAAACAGCUUCGGAGAUUUGAUGUUGCUGGUAUCCACAAAAGUAGCAUUACAGCUUUAGCUUGGAGUCCCAAUGGAAUGAAAUUAUUCUCUGGAGAUGACAGAGGGAGAAUCGUCUACUCUGCCUUAGACCUAGACCAGGGUAUUUGCAACUCCAGCCUUGUAUUGGAAGAGCCAUCUUCAAUUGUCCAGUUGGAUUACAACCAGAAAGUGCUCCUUGUCUCUACUUUACAACGAACUCUACUUUUUUACACAGAAGAGAAAUCUGUCAAGCAAGUUGGAACACAGCCCAGAAAAAACACUGGCAAAUUUGGAGCGUGUUUUAUACCUGGCCUUUGUAAACAGAGUGACCUGACGCUAUUUGCUGCCAGACCUGGGCUCCGUCUCUGGAAGUCAGAUAUUCAUGGAACUGUUCAGGCCACAUUCAUAUUGAAAGAUAUAUUUGCUGGAGGAAUAAAAACUUUUGAACUGUACCCUCGUUUGGAGCCAUCUGACAGAGGAAGUUGUAGCUCCCCGGAGAAGCACCUUGGGCUUGUUUCCUGCUUUUUCCGAGAAGGAUGGGUGCUGACCUGGAAUGAAUAUAGCAUCUACUUAUUAGACACUGUGAACCAGGCUUUGAUUGGUGGCUUGGAAGGAUAUGGUGAUAUUGUGUCUGUGUCCUGUACCAACAAUGAGAUUUUUCUCUUAAAGGGAGAUAGAGACAUAAUAAGAAUUUCAAGUAGACCUGAAGGACUGUCGUCAAUAGUUUCAGAUGCGAAUUCAAAAUUGCUGAGUCCUUUAACAGAUACGAAUCCUAAAUUGCUGACCCCAUUAUCAGUAGUUGCAUCUGUAUCAUCUGGCCUUUCAAUGGAAACAGAUAAAAAAAUGGUUACUUCCCCUUCAGUUAUUGCUGAUAAAAAUGACUCUUAUUCUUUAGCGAAAGAUGAUCUCGAAACUCCAGUGCUAUCGGAGAAAAGUUUUGAUAGAGUGGGAGACUUAAGCAAUGAAACAAGAAAAAGGGGCUGCUCUGUAGCAAGUGAAUCAAGAAGCAGGAGCAGUUCAGUAAAUUCUGUGGACAGUGGCUCUAGUUUUAUGAUAUGUGCAGACCAACUUUCAGAAGCUCAGAGAGAGAGUCAACCUUCUUCGCAACGGUUCAGCGUCAUCAGCUCUGAAGAUUUUGAUCAAGAACUCAUUGUAAAGCCAAUUAAAGUGAAAAAGAAAAAGAAGAAGAAACAAGAAAGUGGGACCAAGAAAAACCACAGCUCUCUGGAAGGUACACCAAGUUAUGAGCGUCAGCUUUCUGGUGACAGUCCACAUUCAGUGAAUGCAGAUUCAUUUUCCAUGACUUCUAGCCUAAUGAGUGGGAGCAUUGAUCAUUUGAGUACCGGGUCUCCAGAUCAGGAAAGCAUGUUCAGUGUGGAGUCCCAUACGAUCCUGCAAGAAGAUAAUGGUUCAGAAACUUUCAGUGUCUUACAGUCACCUGAGUCUACUACUGUGCUGAUUCACGAAGAAAAUGGAGAUAUAGUUGAUUUACAGAAACUUCCAAGUAGUGACAGUGGUAUGGGUACACUGGCUAUUACAGAUACUCUGACAUCUAUCUCUCCUCUAAUCCUCACAGAAGACUUGGCAAGCAGUGUUGAUAUCGAAUAUAAUCCUAGUGUGCUUUCUGCAAACGGUGAAUGCUGCCCUGGAAGGCUAAGCCAAGAAGAACAGCAGGCGUUUACUGCAUUGUGUGAAACAGAUGAAACUCUAGAUAAAACAAAGCUGCAGGAUGCCGAAAAAUGUUUUGAAGAGCCAGACCUUUCAGACCAAAUGUUUUUGGAGUGCAACAGUAUACCUCGUGUUCAGACAUCACUGAUACUGAAGGAAAGUGAUGGAGCUGGUAGGAAAGACCGACAGCAACGCUCUCUAAUAAACAGUUCUCUGUCUGAUCCUUCUGUUCUUCAGUUUGAUGCCUCUAAGGAGGUUUCUUCAGAGAACACUUCCAUUUCUGGAUGGAAUUUUGAAAGUGCAAUCAAAGCUAAAUCUAGUACUAGCACUGCUGAAUGGGUAGCAAACACUCAUGAAAGUAAGACUGAGAAAUCUGCCUCAAGUGAUGAAGAGGAUAUUUAUGGACAUGGAAUACCGUAUUCAUCCUCGGAGACUAGCAUGCCAGAAGUUGGUGCUGGGCUUGCUGCUCAGGAUGUGGCUAGAAUAAGCCUAGAUGAGAUGGUGCUGCUAAAGUCUGAUCAGUUUGCAGAGAGCUGGAUGGGAUACUCUGGCCCUGGUUAUGGCAUAUUGAGCCUCGUUGUCUCAGAAAAGUAUAUUUGGUGCCUGGACUACAGAGGCAGCCUGUACUGCAGUGCUCUUCCAGGUGCUGGAUUGUGGUGGCAGAAGUUUGAAGAUGGUGUCCAGCAGGUGGCGGUUUCCCCCUCAGGUGCUCUUCUCUGGAAGAUUGAACAGAAAACUAACAAGGCAUAUGCCUGUGGAAAAGUAACUAUAAAAGGAAAACGCCACUGGUAUGAGGCUUUACCGCAGGCUGUAUUUGUAGCUUUAAGUGAUGACACUGCCUGGAUUAUCAGAACAAAUGGAGAUCUGUAUCUGCAAACAGGCCUGAGUGUGGAUCGUCCUUGUGCCAGAGCAGUAAAGGUUGACUGCCCUUAUCCACUGUCGCAGGUUACAUCCAGAAAUAACGUUGUCUGGGCGUUGAGCGAGCAACGGGCCCUGCUCUACCGGGAGGGAGUACGCAGCUUUUGUCCCGAAGGAGAACAAUGGAAGAGUGAUAUUGUCAGUGAAAUGCAGGCUUUGGAACCCGUGUGCAUAACCCUUGGAGAUCAGCAGACGUUAUGGGCUUUGGAUAUCCAUGGAAAUCUGUGGUUCAGAACUGGUAUAGUUUCAAAGAAACCGCAAGGAGAUGAUAAUCAUUGGUGGCAAGUAAGCAUCACCGAUUAUGUAGUGUUUGACCAGUGCAGCCUGUUCCAGACAAUAAUCCAGGCAACUCAUACAGUGGCAACAGCAGCUCAGGUACCUGUAGAGAAGGUGGCUGACAAACUUCGAAUGGCGUUUUGGUCACAGCAACUUCAAUGUCAACCCAGUCUCCUUGGAGUUAACAGCAGCGGAGUCUGGAUCUCUUCAGGCAAAAAUGAAUUCCAUGUGGCAAAGGGAAACUUAAUAGGUACUUACUGGAAUAAUAUUGUGCCUCGUGGUACUGCUUCUGCCACAAAAUGGGUUUUUGUGUUGGCUUCCACAGCUUCAUCUAAAGAAGGAAGCUUUCUGUGGCUGUGCCAAAGCAGCAAGGAUCUGUUUUGUGUCAGUGAUCAGAACCCUCAGUUUCGUCCUUCUACGGUGCAGCUGCCACCAGAGGCUGAAAUGGUACACUAUUCUGCCUGCCAGGAUGCCAUUUGGGGCUUGGAUAGUCUUGGGCAGAUAUUUAUCAGAACACUUUCACCCAGCUGCCCAACGGGGAUGCACUGGACAAAACUGGAUCUCUCUCAACUAGGUGCUGUAAAGCUGAACAGCUUGGCAUGUGGAAAUCAGCAUGUUUGGGCCUGUGACACCAGUGGUGGCGUAUAUUUCCGUGUAGGAACUCAACCUCUUAACCCAAGUUUGAUGCUUCCUGCGUGGAUUAUGAUUGAGCCACCUAUACAGCCAGUAGGAAUCAACUUGGUCAGCAUUCAUUCAAGUCCAAAUGAUCAGAUGUUGUGGGCAAUUGAUAGCAAAUGGAAUGUCCAUGUACGAAUUGGAAUUACAGAUGAAAUGCCAGUAGGCACUGACUGGGAACAUGUACCAGGGCUGCAGGCUUGUCAGCUGGCUGUAAGUACAAGAACGGUUUGGGCACGCUGUCCAAAUGGAGAUGUAGCUCGUCGAUAUGGCGUUACCGACAAGAAUCCAGCCGGAGACUACUGGAAGAAGAUUCCUGGAAAUGUGACACGUUUAACAGUGACCCCUCUAGAUGAACUGUGGGCGAUUAGUCCUUCAGGAUCCCUUCUCCAGCGCCUCACCAAGACCUUUAGCCAUUCUCAUAAUUUGCAGAAAAAUAAUGACACUUCUGUUUUGCUUCAUCCUGAUGAUUUUGAAGAUGAGUGGGAAGUGAUAUGAAGUCUCUCAAGCAUAUGAAGCAGUGAAAAAAAUAGAAGGACAUGCUGAAUUCCUGUUAUGUACGUACAGAAUGUUGGGAUCUAAAAGCCACUCAUAUUGGACCUAUGAUAUUAGCACUUUUGAAUUGGAAAAACUGACCUGUUAAAUAGCCCCCAAACUGUGAGUUCAGAUGUUUGUUCCAGUAUCUUUUUGGAGACUCUUUAGGUGUGGCAUACUUACUGCGAUUGUUAUACCGUACUACUGUAGCAGCUCCUUUGGAAAUAUAACUCUUAACUUAAUCUUAAUAGCAAUGACAGUGACUAUUUUACAACAGCAUGCACACUAAUACGUGUACUUCUUUUUGAGAAGGAAUUCUGUUAUAUUAAAUAUUUCUCUACAGCAGAAACAUUA